AUGGCAUCAGGUUCCCCCCACGGUCUCAAUCUCAUUUCCGACAUGUUCUCGCAGCUGGUGCUUUCUUUGCUCUUUAGCAUUCCAGCCCUUGCGGCACCGGCACCGGCAUCUCCUGGUGGCUGCAAGGCUCCGGGAGGCCCGCCGGACAUCAGUUCAUUGAGCACUCUGCAAGCGUUGAAGUACAACGACCUGGGCGCCCAGAACAACGGAACUGCGGCCGUCUUGGUCCAUGAUCGGGUCACCUACGGACAAGCCCAGGCGUUGUGCUCUGCCAUCGGAGAGACUCUGUACCCGCUGCACGAUGCGCCCGAGAACAACCGCACCGAGCUCCAGUAUCAGUUCAACUACCUGGUUUACAACCACGACCUCCGCGGUACCGACCAGGUGUGGGUGGCCCAGGCCUCGUCCCAGGAUUGCUCGGCCUACUCGCUCAGCCGCAAGGCGAUCGUCGACGUCCCCUGUCACCUGCGGCUACCCGCCCUUUGUACGUCCACGGUGCCCCCCACGACCGACACCACCAGAGAGGUGGUCGAGUCCUCAAAGAUCUCCGUCGGGUGGGACGGUUACACCUGGACCGGUUCUCGGGAUGCACGGUCUUUCCGAUUCGUGGGAGUUCCGUUUGCCAACCCGCCGGUCGAUGACUUGAGGUUCGCACCACCCCAGCCGUACAGUGGGCCGAAGAAGCUGGAUGCGACCACGUUCUCCGCGUCGUGUAUCCAGACCAUCUCCGCCUACGGGACCCUGGGUGGCCGAGGCAUCUCUGAGGACUGCCUGUAUCUCAACAUCUACACGCCGGUUCUGCCCGCAGCGGCGCACAAGAACCCCGCGCGUAAACCCGUGGCGGUCUACUUCUACGGCGGUGCGUUCAUCCAGGGCAGCGCGUCCAUGAUCGACUACGACGGAGGCAACUUCGCCAGCCGCAACGACGUCGUCGUGGUCACGGUCAACUACCGCGUCGGCGCGCUGGGCUGGCUGGCCACCGGCAACCUCACGACGGGAAGCUACGGCACGCGCGACCAGAUCCUGGCCCUGGAAUGGGUCAACACGUACAUCGAGGCGUUUGGCGGCGACAAAUCCCGCAUCACCAUCUUCGGCCAGUCCGCCGGCGGCCAGAGCGUCGUCGCCUUGCUCUCGUCCACCGCCGCACGCGGGCUCUUCUCCGCCGCCAUCGUGCAGUCCGCACCCCUCGACCUGCCCUGGUUCACGCGCAGCGUCUAUCGCGACCUCGUCACCCCAGAGAUCGCCAAAGCCGUGGGCUGCGGACAAGGCAACCGCACCACGUCCGAAACCCAGCUCCUUGCCUGCCUGCGCUCCGUGCCUGCCUCGGCCUUCUUCGACAACACCACCGAAUUCCAGGCCGCUCUCAGUGCCAGCACCCAGAAGGUCGCCGCCUCCUUCCUCCACUCCUCGCCAAUGCUCGCCUCCAUCGAGCCGCUCAUGCCCAUGGUCGACGACGCCGGCUCCGGCGUCAUAGACGACCAGUUCCACCUCCUCCUCGCCACCGACUCCCUCCCCAACCGCGUCCCCACCCUCUUCACAACCGUCACCGACGAGGGCGGCCUCUUCGUCGGCCGCUUCGUCCCCGAACUCGCUCCCACCCAGGCAAACCUCAACCUCCUCCUCGGCCUGUCCUACCCGCCCGGCCUCGCCAAAGCCCUCGCCGCCUCCGGCGCCUUCCCCCUCGACGCCUCAGACCCCGACACCGUCCGCAUCACCGGCAUCCACGCCCUGACAUCCAGCGAAUGGACCUGCCCCCAAGCGCACCUGCUCGCGCUCGCCUCCAACGCCUCCAGUUCCUCUGCCCGUGUCCCCAACAAACCCUUCCCCGCCCUCUACGCCCUCCAGAUCGCCAACGGCCACAUCCAAUCCCCCACCAGCGCGCCCGCCAUCUGCUCCCCCAACCCCGUCUACAACGCCACCUGCCACUCCGCCGACGUGCUGCCCGUCUGGGGCACCCUGGACGCCAAAACCCGCGCCGUCGCCCCGUACUACUCGCCCGCCGACCACCUGCUCUCGCAGCUGCUCGCCGAUGUCUUCGCCGCGUUCUUCCGCGCCCGCUCGCCCAACCCCAGCGUGCACAUGCUCGCCCGCCGUGGGCCCGCGUAUGCGCACUCCAGGGCCGUUUUUGAGCACUAUCAUAUCGCUGAGUAUGAUGCGGCCGACGCGGACGCGGAGGUCGCGGUGUUGGGGUAUGAGCCUGGGUGGGUGCGGAAUCCCGGGGGAGGAGAGCAGUGUCGGGUGUUUGGGGAGUUUGGGUAUACAUUUGAGAGGGCGGGAUGA